GGUCAUUGAAGAGAUUGUUUCCAGCAUUGUGAUGUUUGGUAUAUCCUUUAAAUCUUAAGUGUUAAUCCUAAUACGAUACAUAAAAAAAUGUUAUAUGUCAUCCCUCUCCUUAUUUGUUAAACUCUUGAACGAAAGUAUUUCUCAUUCCCACACAAACAUAGCCACAACUGAAUACACAUUAAGCGAUAUUCUUGGUAAAGACGUCCAUAUCAACAAUAGUCUUAAUUUGCUCUUGUUAUCUUCGUAUAUUUUAACAUCUCAAAUUGUUUCUGAUCUGUCGCUGUUGUUUCAAUAUAUUAUGAGAUUCAAUUAUUGGAGUAAGAACAGCCCUACAAAGAUUCACCGAACUAAACGAGAGGAUGAAAUUUGGUAUUUUAAGUCAGCGAAUGGAGACGGUCUUCGUAUUCCAAUAAAAGUGAAACGUCAUGAUGUUUUGGAUAUUCAGACGCCGAAAAAACAAACCAUGUUCUUUUUUGAAUUUGCUGACAAAGAGUUUCCCAGGGGUGUAACGUACCAGCAUUCUACAAAAAGUCUCAAACAACCGUUGCUUUCUUCAUCUGACCAAGUUGACCAACAUGUCGCAAUCGUAUUGUGGAACACUAUUUUACGGUUCAUGGGGGACAUGUCAGAGCCGCGACACACCUUCUUGGAUACGUCUUCAUUGGAGGCAGAUACGGCAGGUGAAAAAGCAAACCUCUUCACUUCCAACAGUUGGAUGUCAACAUUUGAUAAGCUACGAUUUAUUAUUGGUUUAGGAAUCAACCGGCCACAUUUAAGAGAUGAAAUUUACUGCCAACUUUGUAAGCAAGUCACAAACAAUCCUUCAAAAACCAGUCUAUUAAAAGGAUGGGUUCUAUUAUCGUUAUGUAUUGGCUGCUUUAUGCCGUCCACAAAGGUUGGGCAAAUUGUGAUAGAAAUGAUGAAGUGUGGUCCAGACGACUAUGCGAGUUACUGCGACCAGAAAAUGACGAGAACCAAAAGAAAUGGUUCGAGAAAACAACCACCCAAUACUUUGGAAUUACAGUCAGCCCAGCAACUAGUAUUUCCUGUGGUGUUAGUCGAAUUAAAUGAUGGUAGAGAAGUUUAUAUCGAAGUCGACUCCUCAACAACAGCAAGAGAAUUAUGUGUGGACGCUGCAGACGAGAUGGGCUCUGAUCAUAACGCUGGAUAUGGAAUACAAAUAGGCAUGAUGGGCAAGCAUAUCAACCUUGGUAGUGGUAGUGAAAAACUAAUGGAUGCAAUAUGGGUGUGUGAACAAAGUGCUAGAGAACUGGGAUAUGAAAAAGAUGAGAUACCAUGGAAAAUUUACUACCGGAAAGAAGUUUACAAUCCAUUAGAAGAAUUUGUUAUGGAUAUCAGCUGGACUGACUUUGCAUAUAACUUUGUCGUUAAUGGCAUCAGAACCCGCGUAACUAAGUUAAGGAGGCGAUUCAACAGUACAGAAAAACUGACAGAUGAGAAGAAUAUUCCAGAAGUUGAACUGCAACGCAAGGGAUCCGAUGCGAGUUCAAUAAGUCGCCCAACCUUGUCCAGUUUCUCGUCCGUAGGAUCAUCGAAUGAUUUUGGUUUACCAUCGCGCAGUGACUCCGGCGCAAGUGAUAUGUGUAAUGUUGAGUUUGCUUUAGAAAACAAUAAUUCAUCACAGAACGUUGAAACAACAUUAAAACAAAUAUGUGAACCAUACAAAGAUAGCUCCAGAGAUGUUCACACCUUAGAGGAAUUUGCCCGAAUGAAUUUCACCACUGGAAAUUCUAACACAGAGUUGAAUGAAUAUGACCAACCUGUGUAUAUUUGGUCUCAUCAAACGGAACCGUUGCAGGAACCUCUUCUACUUCGGUUACGUGACAACGAAGAGUUAUCAAACCUUUCAAUUGAAAUGUUUUCUGCUAUUCUUGUGUAUAUGCAAAAAUGCACGAAUGACAGAUCUUCCAAGUAUUACAAAAUGGAACUUACAGAAAAAAUAUUCAGCCCAGCUGUUCAGCACGAAGCAUUAAAGGAUGAGCUUUAUUGCGAAAUAAUGAAACAACUGACGAAUAACUACGUCACAAAAAGUUUUCAACAAGGAUGGGAACUCAUGUUUCUUUGCACAAGCCUCUUUUCUUGCAGUGAUGACCUUCUUAAAGAGGUGAUGUUAUUUUGUGUGACGUGGAGUAAAUACGAAAAAAUGGCUAUGAAAUGCUUGACGUAUCUACGCAAAACAGUUCAAACAGGCCCUAGACAUUGUCCACCACAUUUUGUUGAAUUUUCUGCAGCGACGAAACAAUGCCAAUCUAUAUUACACAAAGUAUAUUUCCCAGAUUCGACAUCAAAGAACUUCGAGGUUUCUCCUCGUACGAAAGUGAAAGAUAUUGAACGUAGCAUUGUACAAAGAAUAGGACUUGUAAAUGGAACUGGAUAUUCGUUAUUUAUUCAAGUAUUUUCAAAAAUUGUUGCAUUGCAUUCUGAAGAUUUUAUUUUUGAUGAAAUUCAACAGUGGACAAAAAUAGUUGAAAACAGUUUACCAGAACCGGCAGUGUACAACAAAGCAAAAGGAAUUCCUUAUAAACUGAUGUUCCUAAAAAGAGUGUGGAAGGAAAUCCACCCGGGAAAUGAUCCUAUCGCUGACGCUGUGUUUUUAUAUCCUCAGGAAGUGUCUAAAUAUCUUCGUGGAUACUACAAGUUGACAAUAGAAGAAGCAUCGUGUUUUGCAGCACUUAUAUUAAAAUCCAAAUUCGGAAAUCGAUGGAAUUGCCCAGAAAUCACGCAAAUGUUUGAAGAAUUAUUACCAUUUCACAUGAUUGAUGACCUGUUUCCUGAAGUAUGGAGACAGUAUAUCAUUAUGAACUGUCGAAAGAUAACGUUUAAUUCUGAGAAUGAAAUGAGAACUUUGUUCCUUCUCACCAUUCAAAAGAACGAACGGUUUGGGUCAGCAUAUUUUAGAGUGGGGCAAAGACAAUUUUCCGAGUCGCCAAAAAUAGUCAACAUUGGUAUCAACAGCAAAGGCAUUCAUAUCAUUAAUCCGAAGACAAAGGAUACUAUCCAAAUGUUUCCCAUCGAGAAUAUAUUGAGCCAUUUCAAGGACGGAAAAAGUUACACUUUCCAAUUUCAAAGCAAACUGGAGAAACUUGACACCAUUACAUUACACACAACACAGGGUUACGAAAUCGCAAACAUGGUUGACUCCUAUAUUCCUAUGUAGUGAUUAAUAUCACCGUUGCAAACCCUGUCUGAUGUUCACUACAUCGCACCCAGGUGCCUUUCAACACAAGAUGUAACGAGACUGUUUACUUUUGAGGAAGAAUUUCAAAACAAAGAAACACUACUUCCUUAUUCAGUCCAGUUAUGAUUCCAGUACACAAUGCAUUGGAAAGCAUUGUCAAAUGAAUAAGAAUGAAUAAAGUCAUGAUCAUAUCAGUGGAUCAUAUAUGCUACGCAAAAUACGAAAAUGCGAAGUAAAAAUGUAACUAUAUAUAGUAUACGAUGCAUCCACUAUAUCAAAUUGUAAAAUAUCUUGUACAUAACACAGAGGACACUUUUGGCUCUGACCCUUUUGGAGGGUCACGACUUUAUCAUUUUCAA